UUUGCGAAAGAGAAGUGUCCAGGUAGUUUCACAGUGGAGUGAGACAAGAGACAGACGCGUAAAUUCAGAUGACAAUCUUUGCACAUGAACUCAGUUUGGUUCUUCUUGCACAUGGGGUUCAUCACACACAAGAAAACAACUCUUACAGCUUAACAAAACAUGAAUUGCAACAGAUAGAUCAUGUUCCAGAUUAAGGUACACACACAUUCACUCUUCAAUGAAGUAGUACUAUUACAAUUCCCAAUUCCAAACUUUUGACAUGUUCAAAGCAAUCUUAACACCGUCUUUCCAGACAUCAUGUUAUUUCAACCCACCUAGAAACCCGUGCAAGACAACCAAAUCAUCAAUUGUUGUAACUGCAUGUGAAAGUGGCGAAUUUCCCACCCCUUUGGUCACUCUACCCAAUAGCGUGGGUGUAAUUGGAGGGGUUUCAGUGAAUGCCACUUUGAAAUUUCUAAGAAAACUUGUGGAAUUCAGUUCUGAAGAUGGAGGAAAUGCACCUCCUUUUGUGAUUUGUUCUGAUCCUCUGUUGAGUAAGGAGCUUUUGUCUUAUGAAAGAAGCUAUCUUGUUUCAAGCACAAGUGAAGUUGAAGGUUUGAAAUUGGACACUUCCUCAAUUGUGCAGAGUUUGAUGAGUAAAAGGGGGUUUCUUGAGUGUUCCGGGGCGCGUUGCGUUGUGAUGCCUUGCCAUGUUUCGCAUUCUUGGUAUGAAGAGGUGUCUAAGGGAUGUUCUGUUCCUUUUCUUCACAUGGCAGAGUGUGUUGCAAGGAGACUGAAGGAUGCUAAGUUAAAGCCGCUUGAAGCUGGUAAUCCCUUGCGGAUCGGAGUGCUCGCGACUAACGCGACUCUAGCAGCCGGGUUUUAUCAGGAGAAGCUUCAGAAUGAAGGGUUCGAGGUUGUGCUGCCUGAUAGAGCAACUAUGGAGCAUACAGUGAUACCUGCUAUAGAAGCUUUGGACAGAAAAGACAUGGAAGGGGCAUGCAAUCUAUUUAGAAUUGCGCUUCAAGUUCUUCUGGUAAGAGCCGUGAACUCUGUUAUCCUUGCUUCUGAUGAUAUGCGGGAUCUCUUGCCCAAAGAUGAUCCUCUUCUUAAGAAAUGCAUUGAUCCAAUGGACGCCUUAGCCUGGUCAACUAUCAAAUGGGCAAGAUCUUCUGAAGAUAAUACAUUGCAAUAGAAAAUGAGUAUUAUGGUUCUUGCAUCAAUUAUCUUCUUCUGUAGUGUCUUUGGUAUAGUGUGUCUCAUUAAAGCAAUCAUUUGUAUUCACUAAUGGAAUUCAUUUCCCUCAUUUAUCAUUCAAAAUAUUACUUAUUUUUCUUCA